AUGGCUGAAGCUGCCGGCCUCGCUCUCGGCGUUGUGUCAUUCGUGACGGCCGUUUCCGGCGUUUUCGUGUCUGUUGUCGAGUGCUUCGAGUACGUCCAGCUCGGGCGCAGCUUUGGCAAAGACUAUGAAAAGAGCCAGGUGCGGCUCGCCGCGCUCAAAUUGGAGCUGACCCGAUGGGGUGUCUCGGUCGGCAUCCUGCCCGACCCGGCCACCGGCGUCCCGCGACAGGUCGCUCCCGUGGAAAGCAAAAUCGCCGCCGUGGUCGUGCGUCUCUUGGAAAGCGUUCGGGACGACGUGGUCGAACUCCAGAGGAAAUCGCAGCGCUACCGCGACGACGCGAUCCACGGCAACGACGGCCGAGACGUCGAGAUCGCCGGGGUCGAGAGCCUGACGGCGGCGUCGCGCAUCCUCGAGUCCAGGAGCACGGCCGUGAUCGAGAAGCGGCUGGAAAAAUUGUCCCUGCGCAAAAAGGUGUCGUGGGCGCUGUACGAGAAAAAGCACUUUGACCGGAUCCUCGACGACAUUACCGAAUUGUUCACGCGCCUCGAGUCGCUCCUCCCGGCCGAAAUCAAACCAUAUCAGCAGAGUCUCUGCGUCUACGAGGUGGAGGAAAUUCAAGAGGAUCAGCCCGAGCAAGUCCUGACGCUCCUCCACGAGGCCGCCGCCGCGAACGGGGACAAGCUACUGAAGGAGACGGUGGAAAAGGCCCUCGUCGCUCGAGGGACGGGUCAUACGUGGGAGCGGACGGAAGUGGGAGAUCAAGUCCAGCUCGAGCAGGGCGACCGCAUCGCCUCGGGAUCCCAGGCCUGGGCGCCGAUUGGGAGGGUCGGACAUAAUUACGGCGUGACGGUUGGGAAAGGCAGCGCAAAGAUCUACCAGGGAGACUCUUAUCUCUGA